UGCUAGCCGAUCUUCCUAUCGAGGUGCUGCUCGACAAUCUUCUUCCGUAUCUUCCAGUACUCUCACUUGUGAGACUUGGACAAUGCAGCAAGGUGUUUGCGACUUUGUGCAAUGAUGAGACACUUUGGAAGCUGAAGCUCUCCGAAGACUACAACUUCUCAGACCAGGGAACCGCGAGGACGAGUGGCUGGAAAUUCAUCUAUCGAGGACUCUUCAAACCAAGGGGAUUUGUCUGGGGGGAACGCGCCAACGGGCGCCUUGGGAUCGAAUCUCUUCCGCGAAGCUUCAGCGGAGGAAUUCCAUAUCCUAUAGAAGUCAAACUCCCGGGAAUUCGUGUCGUCAGUCUCGUGGCGGGUGGAAUGUCCUUUCAUGCUCUCGACUCCCAUGGAAAGGUGUACGUAUGGGGAACUUUGAAUGGCACAAUGUACGCUGCCAGUAACUCUGGCUUCUCGAACGAAGGGACGCGUGCAAACACGCCUCUCAGGCUAGCGAUGCCGGCGCCAAUCCGCAGUAUCAGGUGUGGGCGACUUCACUCCUCGUUCUUGGAUAGCACAAACAAGAUCUGGACAUUGACUAACUGGGGCCGGCCAUUUUGGCUGUCCUCCCAAAUCCUCAGCGAUCCCGAUUAUACACCCAAACAAAUCGAAUGCGGAUGGGCGUUCUCUUCUCUGCUCACUAAAUCCGGCGAUGUUUUCGUUUGGUGGCCUUUCAGCGGUGCGAUGGGCAAUCUUGUGGCAGAGAAAAUGAACGACAUGGAUCAGGAUGGCGGGAAGAAAGCCGCUGCAGUGUACGGCGCGAUUCCCUGCGCAACGUGGGAUCUUGACAUGAUGCCCACCCGCCUCCCGUCUAUACCUGUCUUACCAGAAAUCCAGAACACUGGGAUAGAGGAAAAGUCUGAAGAGAUCAAGCUCAUCCAGAUCGCAGCGUUUGACAAUCACAUCGUUGGGCUAACCAACUACGGGCAUGUUCUGAAGUUCGGUGCGCUCCACGACGAAACCGGAGUCCCUCAUGGGCAAUGGGAAUACGUUCCACAAUUUAGCGAGAUAGACAGAAUCAAAGAACAGCCAGCUUUUUCCGGAACGGAUGACAGUGUGACGAAGGUUAUUGCACCGCAAACGAUGCAAAUUACGCAUGUAUCUGCCAACUUCCUGCACUUUGUAGCGUACUCGACGGGUUCUUCUUCUAUCGUUCUGGUCGGCGACACAAACACCAAGCCAGAGACGGCACCUCAAAUAAUACCGGCGAUCCAGAACAAGUCUGUCAUCUCGGUGGUCAUUGGGGACUAUCAUAGCGCCGCUCUAACCGCUGAUGGCAAGCUUCUCACUUGGGGGAAGUAUUCGAAGGGCGCUCUUGGGCUCGGGGAUCCCGCAAAGCUUGACGUUGGUGUCCCAGGCGGGUUUGCGAGCGAGAGAGACUUGGCACACUUCAGGGAGAGUCGACGCGCUGAGCCGCCUGCCGUGAACAUCCCCACAGAAGUAGGAUUCGACCACAACUGCGCCAAACCCAGAGAUCGCUUCUGCUUCGCCACCACGGCAGCGGGAUGGCACACCGGGGCUCUGGUAAUUGAUUUAGAAGCUGGCGAUGAUGAAGAGGAAGAGGCCGAAGUCGAGAGGCUGAAAGAAGAAGACCCGCCCGCCCGACCACGAGGACCGUUUCGCGGCCAGUGGGAGACGCCUCCAAUUAUUCCAAACCCCAUCUUUCGGCUUGGACACGCAGCUGGUCGCGGGCAGUACAGAAUACCCCGUGACCCUCAACCACCAGCCGGUGGCAGUUCCCAGUGAG